AUGGAACUUGUUCGUACCGCUUUCGCUUCUUCCUAUCAUGGCACCGACAAGCCCAAAUUCUUCUGGUGGUAUCCCAAGGGAACUUCACUCGCAGAGAAGAAGCUUUUGACCAAAAUCGACUUUUUCAUCUUGUCCUAUUGCUGUCUAGGAUAUUUUGCCAAAUGGCUCGAUCAGGCAAACCUCUCCAACGCCUACGUGAGCGGCAUGAAAGAAGACCUCGACAUGUACGGCAACGAACUCAACCUCGCUACUACCUUAUUCAACAUAGGUUCCAUUCUGGGUGGGAUUCCGAGCAAUCUCCUCAUCACAUACGUGCCACCGAGAUAUAUUCUUCCCGGUUGUGAAUUAUUGUGGGGCAUCAUCACCGUCUUCACGUACAAGGUCACAACCGCACAACAACUCUAUCCGCUGCGAUUCUUUCUCGGUCUCCUCGAAGGCACGUCAUUUGUCGGGAUUCAGUAUGUUCUGGGAUCGUGGUACAAGAGAACUGAACUGGGGAAGCGGACUGCGAUUUUUGCGUGCUCGGCAUAUGUGGGAACUGCGUUUGGAGGAUACAUUUUCAGUGGAGUGUAUGCUAGCAUGAAUGGGAGUGGUGGCCUGGCUGCUUGGCGAUGGGCGUUUGUGGUCGAUGGAGUCAUUACGGUGGUCAUCGCUCUGUAUGGUUUAGCAUUUUUUCCGGACACGCCAGAGAAGACGACGGCCUUCUACCUCUCUUCUGCCGAGCGAGAGAGAUGCGUGGAGCGUCUUGUGGAAGAAGAUCGACGGCCCACAGGAGGUUGGUCGUGGGAUGUGUGCGGAAGGAUCUUUGGCAGCUGGCAAUUUUACCUGCUCACCGUGCUGUGGAUGUUCUGGCAGACGACCGUCGGCAAGGUCGGAAAUACCGUAUUCCAGCUCUAUUUGAAGAACGAUACAGCUCGAAAUUGGUCCGUCUAUCAGAUCAACAACAUCCCCACAGCGAUCAACGGUUUCAACAUCGUCAUGGUCAUGCUGGUCAACAUCUACGCCGAUGCCACUGGUCGGAGAAUGGUUGCUGCGGUCUUCAGUCUGAGUAUAUUGUGCUUUGGGACGAUUUGCCUCGUGGCGUGGGAUAUUCCACUUGGACUGCGAGUGGUGGCAUAUCUCUUCGCCGCGUGUGAUGGGCCGUUGUCGCCACUGUACAUGGCAUGGGCCAACAUCCUCUGCGGCAGCGACAAGCAGGUUCGAGCCAUGACCAUCGCCAUGAUGAACGCGUUGGGCAAUGCCACGACGACCAUCAUUCAGCAAUUUGCGUACCCCGUGACAUCUGCGCCAGAGUAUCGCGUGGGAUUUCGGACCAGUCUGGGCUUGAUUUGUGGCAUGUACGUGUGGGUGUUCGUGGUGAGAUAUUUUGAACUCAGGGCAGAGAAGCGGCGGAUGAGUGCGUCUGAGAUACUCGAAGGCAGCAGUUGGGAAAGCAAAGAAGUCCAGCCGGUUAUUCGUAAGAUGGACGAGUAG